AUGGCUAUGUCAGAUAAUGAUUUUAAUCAAUUGGACAUACUAUCAGAUAAAGAAUUUUUACAAUUAAUUCAAAGAUUAUAUGAAAAUAAUAGAAAUAAUUCAAUAUUUCAUGAUUUGAAUUUGAAUAUAAAACAACGAUUUGUUAAAGAAAUUUUUACACGUUUACAUUCAUUUGAUUCAAAUUCAAUUAAUCUUUGCUUAAAAGCAUUAUGUUUAUUAAUACAAGAAGGUGAUGAAAUUGAUGCUUUUAUGGAAUCAUCGGUGCUGGAAUUAUUACAAAAAUUGUCAGGUCUUGAAUGUAAUAAAGUUGAAAUUAAUCCUAUUGAUAUACAAAAUGCAAUUGAAGCAGAAAAGUGCAUGUCUUAUUUAAUUUAUAUGAGUCCUAAGGUAGAAAAAUUCUAUAGUGCUAGUGGUGUUGCUGAUGCUAUAACACAUCGUAUUAAAGAAACAACAGAAACUAAAUUAAAUGAUAUUAUAAGAUAUUUUGAUAUGCGUAUGCUUUUUCUUUUAACUGCUUUAAAUUCUGAUAUCAGACAACGUAUUCGAGAAAAAUUUCAUGGACUUUCAUAUCUAUUUGAAAUUAUCAAUCAAAUUAUAUUAUCAAAAAGUGAUUCAAUUGCUUCAGCUAAUUCCGGUAUUAUUUUAUCAAAUAUUGAUAUUGAUUAUUUAAUUGAAAUAUUAAAAACUCUUUAUAAUUUAACUAUUGAUUUACCAAAUUUAACAUAUUCAUAUACAAUACAAGAAGAAGAAGAAGCUCAUUUAAUGAGAUUAGUUAGUAUACUUCGAGAAUUACUUUUAUGUUAUGGAACAACAGAUAAAAAAAAAAUUCAAUUACAAAAUUAUAUUAUUAAUCUUUUAACAAAUAUACCAAGAAUAUGUUAUGAAGAAUUACUUUCACCAAUUGUAUCUGAAGAUGAAAAUGAUUAUGAUGAACAUGAAGGAAAAAAUAUGAAAGCUAUUAAUAUUAUUCUUCAAUUUCUUGAUUAUCGAUUUAGAAAAAAAGAAAAAACAAAUAAUACUAAAGAAACUUUAUCACCCGUUCUUCAACUUCUUAUAUCUAUGUGUCAAUCAAAUAGAACAAUAAGAAAAUAUUGUCGACAAUUCAUUUUUUUAUCACUUAAUCAAGAAUUUUUUGAUCCAUCAAAUGACGAACAAACACUAAGAAACAAACUCAUACAUCAAAUGAUAAAUUCAAAUUAUGAAUUAAAAACUCUGUCAGCUAAAUUACUAUUUGUUCUUUGUAAAGAAAAUGUCAAUUGUUUGAUAAAAUAUACAGGUUAUGCCAAUGCGGGUAUACUUUUACAUGAUUUAGAUAUACUUAAUCGAAAAAAUAAAUCAAAUAAAGAUGAAUAUUCAAGUGAUUCGGAUGAAUCUGAUUCAGAAAAUUAUCAAACAAUAAUUGAUCAAUAUAAACUUGAUCUAACAAAUCACACUAAAAUAGAAUUAUCUGAUGAUUCAAUUUUACAUUAUUCAUUUGAACGAUCAACAAUUGAAACAGAAAAAUAUCUUAUAGAGUAA